ACUGCAAUGAACGUAGCUACGAUAACAAGUACUGCCUAGUCACUACGCAUAUCAGAGAUUACGUAAGGUGCCAAACAUUAUUAGAUGUAACAUAUAGUGACGCGAAAUCGUGACGAGCUCACUAAAUCAACAUGAAGGUGUUGCUAUCGGUUCUCCUCGCGAUUUUGGUAUGCGACCAAAUCGCUAAUGGUUACCGAAUCCUCGGUGUGUUCCCGUUACAAGGCAAGAGUCAUUGGAUCAUGCAAGAGGCACUGAUGAAGGAAUUGGCGAGACGCGGUCAUCAGGUUGAUGUGGUCACGCAUUUUCCGCUGGAAAAGCCGAUACCUAAUUACACGGAUAUCAGCCUGAAGGGCAGUCUUCCACAAGUUACGAACAAUAUAACCGCGGUGGAAUUAAAAGCAGGUUUGAGCACUCCGUCUAUAUCCAAAUUCUUUGCGAUAGCUGGAAGCGCCAUUUGCGUGUUGUUGGACCACCCAAAAAUACAAGAGCUGAUUAAGAACCCACCGCAAGAUCCCCCCUAUGAUAUCGUCAUACAAGAGUUGUUCACGGCACCGUGUUAUCUAGCCUUCGGCCGUCAUCUCAAAGUUCCCAUAGUCACCACGGUAGCCACCGUUUUCCAUGACUGGCUCAACGAGGUGUCCGGCAAUCCGAUGAAUCCUGCUUACAUUCCGAGCUUCUUCUCGGAGUACGGCCAAAACAUGAAUUUCAAGGAACGUUUGACAAAUUUCCUAAUGACGCAUUAUCUCUCUUGGCAAAUGCAUUAUUAUAUGAAUACCUAUCAAUUAAAAUUUGUAAAGGAGCACUUCGGCAUGGAUUUACCGCAUAUCAAGGAUUUAUAUAGUGAUGUAGCUUUGUAUCUGGUCAAUAGUCAUCACUCGAUAAACGGAAUCAGACCGAUGACCACUAACGUGAUCGAGGUCGGCGGUCUGCAUCUCAAGGACGAUAAUCCACCGUCACCGGAAGUACAAAAAUGGUUGGACGAGAGCAAGGAUGGCUGCAUCUACUUUACAUUCGGUUCCAUGAUAAGGAUCGAAACUUUUCCUAAAGAAAUGAUACAACAAAUUUACGCGUCCUUCGAGAAGAUUGCCCCGGUUCGCGUACUGAUGAAGGUCGCGAAGAAAGAGGAUCUGUUACCAGGUUUACCAAAGAACGUUAUGACGCAAUCGUGGUUCCCGCAGAUCUCCGUUCUUAAGCAUAGAAACAUACGAGCUUUUAUUACGCACGGCGGGACCUUUGGGACGCAAGAGGCAAUCUAUUGCGGAGUUCCUUUGAUUGGUAUCCCUAUGUUUGGCGAUCAACGCAUCAACAUUCAAAAUUAUGUCAACAAAAAGGUGGCUAUUUCGCUUAAUUCAGUAAACGAAGUCACCGAGGAAAAAUUAACCUCGGCAAUAAAUAACAUCCUGAAAGACCCCUCCUAUCGUGAGAAUGUAAAAAAAUUGUCGAAGAAAUUCCUCGAUCGACCGACGAGUGCCUUGAAUACAUCUGCAUUUUGGGUGGAGUAUAUCGCAAAAUACGGAAACAUACUUCAAUCACCGGCACUUAACCUCUAUUGGUGG